UUUGAAUUUGAGCAACCAUUGCAUCGGUUUUUAAACUUUACACCAAGUCUGUUGCGGCAUCUUAUUAUUGUGAAAUCGUUUGAACUUUCAACCGGACACAGUUCCAAUGGGCACUACGACGAUAAGAAACUUAAAGUGUACUUUAACCCUAGAAACUAGCGAGUUCGGGCGAAAGGACGAAUAUGUGGAUCAGUGCCCGUUCAACACUCGAAUCCCCUACCGCCGGAACAACUGCGGUGCUUUGCUGUCAAUUGUCAAAAAAUGGUAAACAAUCAUCAAAGUAAACAUCCUGCAGCUCCAGCAGCUAGCUUGAACAUAACGCGAAAGUUAGAGCGUUUCACGGAUGUGCGUGCGAAUUUCAAAACUGUUAUAAAAACCUCUGACACUUGCGUGCGUAAGUGAGGAACUGGGAUGGGAACCGUUCGGCAUCAAAGUAUGGCUAAUGAACCGUGCUCCUUUUGCUGUGCCCACCACCACUGCACAUAUCGGCUCACAGCGGUGGAGUUGUGGAAAAAAACUGUACGAAAACACUUCUGGUUCGAGGACGAAAUGCUCACCGACAUGUGGAUGUGUUCGAUCUGCUGGAAGAGAGUUCACGAUUUCAGCUCCUUCUAUGAGGAAGUGGAGGAACGGUUGAAAACGCCCCCAAAGAGCACCGCAACGGACAAAAUGUACAGUCUCAAUGGUAUCGAAGUACUGCUCAAGGAAGAGUGUGUUAGCGACGAAGAAACCGGAAACGUACACUGCUCGGUUCAUCCUGAAACGGAGGGGGAUGCUUUGCAUGAUCCCCUCAACACUACGCAGCCCGAUCGAGGCACUGUCGAGGACCUUUCAUCCGCAGCUGGUUUUAGCAGCCCUUCCGACGCGAAUCAAGCUGGUAAAAGGACCAAAACAUCCACGCACAAUUGUACCGAAUCGCCAGAGACGGUUGCUACGGUAAACGAGAGCCUUAAAGUCACGGUCGAAGAUAUUGGAAAUCACUUCUCCUUACGGUGCAGCGAGUGUGCCAAUGCCAACUUUGCCACGUUCGGCGAUUUAAAAAAACAUUGCAAAUCGCUGCACGAUACCGUCGCUUACGUGGAGUGCUGCGAUCGAAAGUUUAAACGAUAUACCCACAUCAGGGAGCACAUUGUUUACCACCGCGAUCCAAACGCCUUCCGCUGCCAGGUGUGUCCACGUACGUUUUCCACCAGCCGUUACCUGCACCAGCACCACUCCCGGCAGCAUCUUGCGUUCGAACAAAAACGCCAUCCGUGUGACAAAUGUAGCGAUCGCUUCGCCACCCGUUACAUGCUGAUGAUGCACGAUCGAACGCAUCACCAUGAGACCACGGACACCGCCGAAGUGGCUGUGCCGGCACCGAAACACGAAACCCAUCCAUGCGAACAGUGUGGAAAAGCGUUUUCCACGACGGCCAAGCUGGAGAAGCACGUGAACCGUGUGCACCGGCGGACGGACUCCAGUUCGAAGAUGUGCGACAUUUGCUCGAAGAUCCUGUACAACAAGUACAGCUUGGAGAAGCACCGAAGAACACACUUUAAAGAGAGUCCGACGGUCCAGUGUACGGUGUGCGGCAAGUGGUUGAAGAACGAAGAAACUCUGCGCAUCCACCUAUCGAUGCACCGGCAGGAAAAUAUGGAGUUUAUCUGCACGGUCUGCAAGCAUCGGUCACCCAGCCGGAUCGCACUGCGCAGCCACGUGCUGCGCAAUCACGAGAAGAAACGCACGCACAAGUGCCGGUUCUGUGAGAAGGCAUUCGUGCAGGCCAAUUUGCUGAAGGAUCACAUAGCGACGCACACUGGCGAGUAUCUGUACAACUGUAAGUUCUGUGAUAAAAAGUUUAAGUGUAACUCAAACCUGUCCAAACACGUGACCAAACUGCAUCCGAUCGAGUGGGCUGACUACAAACAGCGCAAAAAUAUGCCACCGGAGGUCGUUUGCGAGACGGAGAAGGGUAAAAGAACGGUUGGCAGAUCGCCAUGUGAUUAAAGAUGGACCGUG